ACUCUCAACUUACCAAAUUCCUGGUAACAGUAAAAUUGACUUCACGAAUAAAACGACAUCAGAAAGAGCAAUCCAAACAUGAGCGAUACGGUGUCAUCAAAGUUGAAGCUGAGAGUUGAGAAAGAGAAAUGGGAGAAAAGAUGGACAGAAUAGAACACAAAAUUGUGAGUACCAAUGGAAUAAACAUGCACGUGGCAUCAAUUGGGUCAGGCCCAGUAGUAUUGUUCCUUCACGGCUUCCCUGAGCUAUGGUAUACGUGGCGUCAUCAGCUUCUGUAUCUCUCCGCCAUGGGCUACCGGGCCAUCGCCCCUGACCUCCGCGGCUACGGCGACACCGACGCGCCGCCCUCCGCUUCUUCUUAUUCCGCCCUCCACAUCGUGGGUGACCUGGUUGGGCUUCUGGAUGGUUUGGGCAUAGACCGUGUGUUUUUGGUGGGCCAUGAUUGGGGAGCUGCCAUAGCCUGGUAUUUCUGCUUGUUGAGGCCCGAUCGUGUGAAGGCCUUGGUCAACAUGAGUGUCGUUUUCCGUCCCAGGAACCCUACCAGAAAGCCCAUUCCUACCUUGAGGGCUUUGAUGGGUGAUAAUUACUAUAUAUGCAGGUUUCAGCAACCUGGGGAGGCUGAAGAAGAGUUUGCCCGUGCCGGAACAGCAAGAAUAAUGAAGACAUUUCUUUGCUCUCGUGAUCCACGUCCACCCAGUGUCCCUAAGGAGAUAGGAUUUGGAGGUUCAUCCAAACUUAAUACUGCUUUACCUUCGUGGCUGUCUGAAGAAGAUGUCAACUAUUAUGCCACCAAAUUUGACCAGAAAGGCUUCACUGGCGGCCUAAACUAUUAUCGUGCUAUGGACCUAACCUGGGAGCUCACAGCACCAUGGACUGGAGUACAGAUCAAGGUACCGGUCAAGUUUAUUGUGGGAGACCUUGACAUUACUUAUAACACUCCAGGUGUUAGGGAGUAUAUACAUAAUGGUGGCUUUAAGAGAGAGGUGCCAUUCUUGCAAGAAUUGGUUGUGAUGGAAGGAGUAGCUCACUUUAUAAAUCAGGAAAGACCAGAAGAAAUCAGCGCACAUAUAUACGACUUCAUCAAGAAAUUUUAAUCCGCAUUAUGCUUCAGAAUUAUACCGUAUAGAAGUCAUUAAUAAUCCCUAAAAUACUCAUUUGAAUUGCACUGUUUAACAAGCUUGUAUGAAUUUAAGUCCGCACAAUAUCUGGCAUAACACGAGGGAUUUCUUUGUCUUAAUUUGGCUUAUACAAGAAUUAAAAAUAACGCGUUUAACUAC